CUCCCGGCCCUUUGCUCCACGCCGGCUCCCAGGCAGCCGGACCCCCUCCCAAGUGGGCUGGGGGCUACCCAGGGCACUGCUGAGAUGCACUAAAGGAACUGAGCGAGGGCUUGGCUGCAGCACAGCCCUGGCACAGUCUCGCCUCUCCUUUUUGAUUUGAUUUUAUUAUUUUUUUUUCCCCCCCCUUCCUCCCCUCCAUUUCUUUCAUUCCCUCUCUUUCUCCUUUAAGUGGAAAAGCCCUGCCAGCUGGGGAAGGCUGGGAGGGCAGGGACAGCCUGAGCAGGCAGCAGAUAAAGACUGCGGAGGAGGAGAAGAAGGAAUUUCGGGACUGCCGGUGCCCGUGGGACGCGCGGCUCAGGCGCUCGCCUGGCGGGACCCUGCCCAAGGAUUUGGCUGCUAAACCAUGGAGCUUGUCGUGCUGUGUCUCCCUCUGAAGGCACCUCUCAGGCUCCUCAUCCUCACUGGUCUGCUGGAGGUAACGUCUGCGAGUAGUGGGCUGCACAUCGAACCUGGAGACACUGAGCUUGUCCUCAGCCUUCACAGCACCUUUUCCCUCUUGUGCUAUGGGAAUGGUGCUUUGUCCUGGGAAAGGGAUGGUCAGCCCCUCAGUGCCUCACUGGAGCACCAGGAUGGUGUCUUCAUGAGCAAUCUCACCCUCAGGAAUGUGACAGGUCGUCACACUGGGGAGUAUGCAUGCACCUACAGCCCUGACCAGGCUCCAGAGCCAAUGGAGAGGAAAGCCCUGUACAUCUAUGUUCCAGAUCCAUCCCUUGUGUUCCUCCCCAUAAUCAACUCUGAAGAGCUCUUCAUCUUCAUCACGGGCUACACAGAGGCCAUCAUCCCAUGCCGUGUGACCAACCCACAGAUGCAGGUGACCCUCUAUGAGAAAAAAGUGGAGAACCCUAUCCCAGCUGUUUAUGACCCACAACAGGGAUUCAAAGGCUUCUUUGAGGAUAAGACUUAUUUCUGCCGGACAAUUGUGGAUGACCAGGAGGUGGAUUCAGACACCUUCUACGUCUACAGGAUCCAGGUCUCCUCUGUGAACGUCUCCAUCAGCGCCGUGCAGACCAUUGUGCGUCAGGGUGAAAAUGUUACCCUGAUGUGCACUGUGAGUGGCAACGAGCUGGUCAACUUCAACUGGGAUUAUCCCCGCAAGCAAGCAGGUAAAACUGUGGAGCCGGUGACUGACUUCCUGCCUGGAUCCACCCACGAGAUCCGCUCCAUCCUUGUCAUCCAGAAUGCAGAGCUGGAGGACAGCGGGACCUAUGUCUGCAAUGUCUCUGAGGGCUACCAUGAGAAAACAGACCUGAAAGACAUCACAGUCCAUGUGAUUGAGCAUGGCUUUGUGCGUUUCCACACCCACCUGCCCAGCACUGUGUAUGCCGAGGUCCACAAGAGCCACACCAUCCAGGUGGAGAUGGAGGCCUACCCACAGCCAAGCAUUGUGUGGCUGAAGAACAAUCAGACACUGACCAUGGAAAGCAGCAGUGAGUUCACCAUCACCAGCAGGAACCUGUCAGAAACCAGGUACCAGACAGCUCUGGUGCUGGUGCGGGUGAAGCAGGAAGAAGGAGGAUUUUACACCAUCCGGGCUUCCAAUGAGGAUGAUGAGCAGGAGCUGUCCUUCCACCUACAGAUAAAUGUGCCAGCCAAAGUGGUGGAUCUCAAGGAGAACAGCAGUGCCAGCAGUGGGGAGCAGACUGUAACGUGCUCUGCUGAAGGUAUGCCCCAGCCAGAGAUCAGCUGGUCUACUUGUAGUGACAUCAAAUGGUGCAGCACCAAGGGGCAGCCCACCCGGCUGCUGGGGAACGAGUCUGCAGAGAUCAGUCUGCAGACCAACGCCACGUACCAGGAGGAGAGGAGGGUGUUCCGGGUGAACAGCACCCUGCAGCUCCACAGGGUGGACGAGCCCCUGCUCCUGAGGUGCACAGUGCAAAACUUCUUGGGCAUCAACUCCCAGGACAUCACGCUGGUCCCACACACCUUGCCAUUCAAGGUGGUCAUCAUCUCUGUCAUCCUGGCCUUGCUGAUCCUCAUUGUCAUCUCCCUGAUCAUCCUGAUCGUCCUGUGGCAGAAGAAACCUCGCUAUGAAAUCCGCUGGAAGGUGAUUGAGUCAGUCAGCUCUGAUGGGCAUGAGUACAUCUACGUGGAUCCCAUGCAGCUCCCUUAUGACUCCAGCUGGGAAGUACCCAGGGACAAGCUGGUGUUAGGACGCACUCUUGGCUCUGGUGCCUUUGGACGUGUGGUGGAGGCAACAGCCCAUGGCCUGAGCCAUUCACAGUCUACCAUGAAAGUGGCAGUCAAAAUGCUCAAGUCCACUGCCCGGAGCAGCGAGAAGCAAGCCCUCAUGUCUGAGCUGAAGAUCAUGAGCCAUCUGGGACCCCAUCUCAACAUUGUCAACUUGCUGGGGGCCUGCACCAAAGGAGGACCUAUCUAUAUCAUCACCGAGUACUGCCGCUACGGGGACCUGGUGGAUUACCUGCACCGCAACAAGCACAGCUUCCUGCAGUCCUACGGGGACAAGGCCCGCAGGGAGGCAGAGCUCUAUGGGAACACCCCCAAGGAGGAUCAUGUGCAGAGUCACCUCUCCUUGUCUGUUGAGAGCGAUGGAGGCUACAUGGACAUGAGCAAGGAUGACUCCCUGGAUUAUGUGCCCAUGUCUGACAUGAAGGGUGAAGUCAAAUAUGCUGACAUUGAGUCCUCUAACUAUGGCACUCCCUAUGAGCUGGACAGCUACUCCCCAGCAGCUCCUGAAAGAACAGACCGGGUGACACUGAUAAAUGAGUCUCCACUCCUCAGCUACAUGGACUUGGUGGGCUUCAGCUUCCAGGUGGCCAAUGGGAUGGAGUUCCUGGCUUCCAAAAAUUGUGUGCAUCGUGACUUGGCUGCCAGGAACGUCCUCAUCUGUGAGGGGAAGCUGGUGAAGAUCUGUGACUUUGGCCUGGCAAGGGACAUCAUGAGGGAUUCCAACUACAUCUCCAAAGGCAGUACCUUCUUGCCCCUUAAGUGGAUGGCUCCAGAGAGCAUCUUCAACAACCUCUACACUACCCUGAGUGAUGUUUGGUCCUUUGGGAUUCUCCUUUGGGAGAUAUUCACUCUAGGAGGGACUCCCUACCCUGAACUGCCCAUGAAUGAACAGUUCUACAAUGCCAUCAAACGUGGCUAUCGGAUGUCCAAACCCACCCAUGCCUCUGAUGAAAUCUAUGAUAUCAUGCAGAAGUGCUGGGAGGAGAAGUUUGAGAUCAGACCAUCCUUCUCACAGCUGGUGGUGCUCAUGGGAAACCUCUUGGUGGACUGCUACAGAAAGAGGUACCAGCAGGUGGAUGAAGAGUUCAUGAAGAGUGAUCACCCCGCUGUUGUCCGCACAAGACCCACAAUCCCUGGGCUGAACAACGCCAGGCUCAACCCCAGCUCCCCCCCCAGCAGCAUCCUCUACACAGCCGUGCACCAGAACGGGGGCGAGAAUGAUUAUAUCAUCCCUCUUCCUGACCCCAAACCUGAGGCAAUCUGUGAUCUCCCUCAUGAAGCCUCCAUCAGCCGGGCCAGCUCUACACUGAAUGAGGCCAACACAUCAUCUACAAUAUCCUGUGACAGCCCCUUGGGCCUUCGCCAGGACGAGGAACAGGAAUCUGACCCACAGCUGGGCUGCCAGGAGCUGACCACAGGGCACCAAGAGGUGGAGGAGAGUUUCCUGUAGUCAGAGCUGGGCUAACUCUGGGCUAACUCUCUGCAUCUCUGACCCAGGCAUAGCAGAGGCCCAUGCUUUGCACCUGUACCUUGGGACAUCCCCACCUGCCCCAGUAUUCCUCCUUCCCUCCCAUCUCCCAGUGCUGGGUGGGGAAUUAGACUUUUCCCUGUUGUCAUCCCCUUUCCCCUUACAAAGAGGUGGCUCAGUGUGUCUGCAGCCUUCCAGAUCACUGCCACAUCCUCCUCAGUGACCAGACCACGGCAGGAAGGAGACAUCUCAGACCAACAUCUUCUUUUCAAGUGGAAGGCAUGGACUGGAUCUCCACAAGAGACACCACUUUCUGCAUUGCUAAGAUGAUACUCCAGCCUCUUCCCCCUCCGUGGCAGUGAGUUUCAUCUCCUCUGCACCAGCACUUCGCUGAUGGUCUCAGCACCAACCACACUGUGCUUCUGUGAAAUGCCACCAGAACAGAUGAUUUGCUUGGAGUGUGUAGAGAACCUGCUACACCAAUCUUCAGGUGCUGGAGAUCGAGAGUACUUUGGGUAGUUUCUCCUCCAAGCACAGCCAAGUCCUGGAGAGACCGGUCAGUGUCUCAGAGAUCACCAUUUUCCUUUCCUGACAGCUCCUCUACGGUGGAUAGAGCAUCACAAGCACUACAGGUACCCAUGGCUCUGGGGCACAGCUCUGCACCCACCUAGAGGGGCUGUCACACCCUGAACAUUUUUGUGCCCCAGGGGCAGGCCAGGAACUCAAACUGCUCUCACAAUGACUGUUGUAAUAGCAAAGAGGGCAGUCCAGUGUUGUUUGUGUCAUCUGUGUCGACACUAAGCUAAUUAUUCUCCACUGAAGAUUUAAAGGGAACAAAUAUAUUAAUCCACAAGCCAGGGCCAGUAUAAGGAAGCAAUAUGGCUAUUCAUUAAUCUACUGCCACUAAACCCAGCUAAUCUGCUGGGAAAUCAUAUAACCCUGCCAGCUGCAAAAUCUUUGUGCCUUAUCUCUGGGGAGCAAGGGCUCCCUUUUGAUAGACUCUUCACCCUGACACCCUUUCUCAGGGUCUCACCAGUCCCUCCUGAGUCAUAAUAAGACUGUGGGGAGCAAUAAGGAUGCCAGAACACCAGCUCAGGGACAUCUCAAAAGAGAGAGAGGGAGAGAGGCUGGGAAGCUGUUUGGUCACAGAUUAACUGUAUCUUACACCCUGCUGCUUUCUAGGGACCAGGCACAGCCACUUGCAGGCUGCCAGGGCCACGGAUGAAGAAGUGUCAUGGGGAACCAAGCAAAGCAAGAGAAUCUGGGGAGGUUUCAAUUUUCUUGGGAAGUGUUCUGAAGAAUAAAAGGGCAGAGAACUUCCUCCUGCUUCUUGCCUCCUUCCUUGCUUCUCACAGGCAGGUCUGGGACUUUUUGUGCUCUCAGCUGCCACCUGAAUGAGGGGACUCAGAGCAGGAGGAGCACCAUGCUUAUGAAAUCAGUGGCAGACCCCACUUCUGCAGAGAUGAAAGCUAGACCCCAAAUGCUAUAGCUCUGACACCAUAGAAACUAGCAGGUUUUUUUCUGAAAGGGGAAAUUUCAUCUUGCACAGAGUCUCUUUGCUGCAUGCCUCCCCCCCCCCCAUAAUUAACCACUUUGUUUCCCUCCUCAUGCACAUCUCUCUGUACAUCUUACAAAAAACGCACAGGCAGGUCUACAAAUUCAGAAAUUCAGUCAGCAUCUUGCUAGGGUUCUGACCCCUCAGAGCCACUGAGAAUUUUUUAUUUUUAUUUUUUUUUAAUAUGAAACUUCUGCCAGAAACCCCCAGGAAAAAGCAGCUUCUGUUUUAAGUGGUUUUAAUGCUGCCAUUCUUCCAGCUGAAAGAGCAGAGGAUGUUUUGUGGGCUGAUGUCCUUGGUAUAAUGUGAACAUAAGAAAUAGCACUUUUAUUGGCAGGAGGUGGAGUAUAUUUUCAGCCCGUGUGGUUCAGAUUCCCCACCAUCCAUAGGAAACACACUGUGAAUGACAACUGUUUUUCCAUGCUCUGUUCCUCCUGCUUGUAAUGAAGAGCCAUCUUCUGUGGCCACAGCUAAUGAAAUUAUCCUGGCUGUGUGGAGAAGCAGUAACUCAUAAGAUCUUUGGGCUCAGACCACUUUAUUUUUCUGACAUGUAAGGUGCUUGGUAGGAUCCAUGCCACUGCAAUUUGAGCCCAUAGGAUGGCAUCUCAGAUCACCCCAAUAACCCCUGUCUGCAUCAGCUUCAUUUUUAGUAUGUCCUUCUCUACCAAAGGUGACCUGGAGUACCAAAUACUCCAGGUAAGGUCAAAUCUAGACCUUGCAUAGGGCAUUAACAGUUCUGGUCUGUUCUGGAUUUGGCUUGCCUGGUGUAGCUUUGGAUAAUGUUGGCCUUUUCCCAGCCACAACAUACUGGUGGUUUGGAGUCAUCCUCUGACCAAUCUAAGCACCUACGUCUUUCUGCUUUUCCAGCAUUUCUAACCAAGAUACUCCCUGUUGUUCCAGACAUUGGAUCAUCAGCACAUUUUGUUUAAAAAGCUGUUAUUUUAGGGCUGGACUGACUAAUAAAAAUAUUUAAAACUUCUAGCAUCAAGUGAAACCCUGGAGAGCUACUUUUUACUGCCUCCAUCCAGCCAAAAGAUUUUCCCAUCAAUGAACUCAUCCUCGCCAUCCCUUUGGCCAUUUGCUUAUUAACUUCACAAAUGCUGUACUAAACUCCAUCUUGUACAGAUUAAUUACUAAUCAAAUUACUAAUUUCUCCAUAUCAUAUAGUUUCCAUUGUGCUAAAAGAGGAGCCCUGUUUCUUCUCCCUGCUGGGGGAAUUCAGGUAUCUUGUUGUAUUAGCUGGACACUAGCUAGUCUUGGAUGCCUACUACAUUUUGUCCCAUUUGUAGAUCUAUUGCAGUUAUUCUUUGUAUAAAAACCUGUUCUGGCUCCUGACAGGGUGCUAACCCCACCUCCCUCUUCCUUCUUAAAGUAGGUACACCAGAGUCUUUGUACAAUGGUACCAUUCUCCACUGCAGGGAGAUGAGACCAAAUAUUUGGUUUUGGCCCUGUGACUGUAAAGACCAAGCUUUGCACUUUGUGGUACUUUCUUUUCCUUACUCAGCUCUUCCCAUCCCAUUUAACAAGGGCAUGCACACCCACUGCAGUGGGUAGAUCUUCUCAGCCAGGGACUGGCAGACAGCUGGGCAAAGCCAACAUGUUUUGCUGAGCAUCCCUGCAGCUGUCCUCAAAGAGAGGGCUUGGCAGGGCUGAAGCUUGCAGCAGCCCCCAGACAAGCUUUUUUCCCUUGGGAAACCAGCUCCAGCCCCUGGUCUCUCUCUCCCUUCUGCCAACAAUCCAGUUCCUGAGUGGUCCAGAGCAUGAGGACCAGGAGAAAUGGUCAGUUGUUCUGGGCCCCUUAAAUUUGGAGCCAUAAUUUCUUCAGUGAGACUGAAGGGAACAGCUCCCUCUGGGUUUUUAGUUCCAAACAAUCAGUAUUUUUGUUUGGAUUGUGGUUUUGUGUUUAGAGGUGGACCCAAACUGAGCCCCCCCAAAAGGGACACAUACCGAAGCUUGAGCCCAUCUCUGGUGCAAUAUCUUUUAUUUGUAACUAUAUUUUACUCUACAGAGCAUUGCUAUCAUCACCAAUAUAAGCAUAAUCCUACUGCCAGUCACUAUUUCAUAGGUACCUAAGUGUAUCCCAGAAACUGAUGUGACACUCUAGUGUCUCUUUCCACAUUGAAGUUGUUUCUCAGACUGAUGUGUGCACAGGUUUUAAUCCUUUGGUCCUUCUCGGUUUGAGCGUGUUAUUGGUUUGUUUGUUUGGUUUUUUUUUAAGUGAGAGUGUCACCUUUAGUGUUUGUGUCGUGUGAAGAAAUCUAGAGCACAGUGGACUUUACUUGUAACUAAAUUGUCUCUGCUCACCUGCCAAGGGGACCGUGGCAGUGUCCCACGGGGACUGGAGGCAGAAGUGCCGUGCAGAUGUGCAGCCAGGGGGAAGUCAGCCAGAAGUGAGAAAUGGCUCUGCCCCUUCUUCCCAGACAGGGCUCUGGGCUGGGCUAUAGGGUACUGGGCAGUGGGUUAGGGUCUGGCUGUGGGGAAGCUGGACCUAUGUAAAGCUGGGCAGAUCUGGAGAAGGGGAUUUCACAGGCAUCCCCCUGUGGGGGAUUUUUCUGAAAUGGGAUGUCAGCUAAUGCACUGAGGAGGCCAACCCCAGGCUCCAAUGCUCAGGGGUGAGGAAGGCUCCACUCAGGAUCAGUGUGUAGCUCAGAUCCCAGGAACAUUGUGGCCAGUCCACUCCCAGGAUGUCCCAUGUGGACAGGAGGGCUUUGGGUUGCCAAGCUGUGCUCCCACUUUGAGGGCAUGAAAGUUGCCUCUUGGCAGCUCUCUUUUUGGUAGCCUUUGCCCUGGGUGGCUGCUGGAGGUCUUCAUAGGGUGCUGGGCAUCUCUUGGGCCAGGCACAGUCUUUCCCAUAGCAGACCCCAACCCUGCCUGGAUUCUGAGAAGUCAGAACUGACUGUAGUGAUGGAGACACUGCUGUCUGCAAGACUUGCCCAGGGCAGGCCAGAUAUUGUUAAAAAAUCAGGUUUCCUGGGCCAGCACAUGGAUAGCUGGGCUCCAAACAUAAUUCCCAUGCUUCAGCCAAAGGGCUGGAGUCUCUGGGACAUGCCAAGAUGGAUCCAGUUUGAUUUUUGAAAAGGAAGAUGAGCUGCUCCUGUGUAGCUCCAGCAGCAUUUUUGAGAGAUGACUCUUGCAGGGGUGGGAAGAGGCAGGGAAGGUAAGUUGUGCUGGGAGGCCUGCAGCAUCCCAUCUCUCCUGGCCAUUCCUCCUUCAUGGAUUACACCAGGACUGCAAAAUCUGCCCAAAGUGUGCCCUCUCCCACUCCUGCUGUCCUGGCUUGCUGGAAUCAUGCUACGACUCUGCAGCAUCUCUGAACAGAAGCAGCACCUGUCUCCUUACUGUCUGUCAGAAACCGUCCUGAAGGUAGAGUUAAAAGCAGAGUUCAGACUAAGGUACCAAAGAGUUAACAUUUUCCUAGGUUUACAGAUGUAUUUGUAGGAUUUGUAAUAUGUCACAUCUAUAGCCAUGAGAUAUUAUUUUUAUGCUGUAAACUUUUGCAAAUACAUUUUUAAAGAAAGAGUUUAAAAAAUAAAGUUGUUUU